GAAAGUACUUCUACCGUAACCCGGAACUGGAAGCACCUGCUCCAGCAGCCAGUCUUGAAGGCCCGAGCUUUUUACGAUUUUUGAACUUCCUGUCAGGACCCAGUGAAAUCCAUCCACCGGCAUCACCAGUUGAAGAAGCAGCCUUGCACGGUUGGCGAGAAGACAAGCUUCCUUGUCAGUGGUCUUGUGUGUCAUUGGCCUGUCUGUUCCAUACAACAAUCGCGGCAUCACUGAGCUCUUUGGUUCUCCCCUAGCAGCUUGUUUGAAUAAGGCGCAUUCACUUGCUGCCCUUUUGUGGACCUCGUGCUAUCACGACUAUUUGCGCCUAAGCCUCGGAUACGCUCAAGAUGGCAGCUAUACAGCAGUUUCGAAUGGCGUCGGCUCUGUCUGCUCUCUUCCCGAGGGCUUCAUCGCCGCUAUUCGGUUCCUCCUUUGGAUCAGCGAUCCUAGCGUCUCAACAAUUGCGACAGUCUCCGUUUCCCUCAAUACCCGCCCUCGCGAUCGCGAUUCCUGCCGCUAUAUCCAACAUCCCAUCACUACUUGGUGACAUAUGGGAAGGCAUACUUAGAGCCGUCCCCAAGAAGAAGACAUCGCAUAUGAAAAAGAGGCAUAGGCAAAUGGCUGGCAAGGGCUUGAAGGAUGUUACAAAUCUCAACAAGUGUCCCGCGUGUGGAGGCAUUAAGAAGAUGCAUACAUUAUGCCUAUCGUGCACAAACCGCAUAUCAGGUGUGCUCGGCCAGACAGUCAAGAAGGAAUGAGAGUACAUGGAUUUGGCUUUUUUUGCAGUGUGUAUAUGCAUACCUCUAAUGGCGUUGGGUCUGGAUAUACGAUUGAGCUUUUCACAAUUAUUACACGUGCUGUAAAAUACUGUAACGAAGAGAAUGUACCAUGGCCAUGAAUAUCAAAGCAUUUGCAUUGAAUCCAUGGCCAUGGCCUAAGUGUCCAGAAGUGCUGGAAUCUGGGAGUGACGUCGUUGAUGCAAUCAACUUGAUGAGAUGGGCCUCCGAAGUCAGAUGCCUACCUUAUCAUUCACGAGCCCAAGUAAGCAAAUAAGGCAUCGUUAGGUAGUCCCUAAGUCUCUCGACUUAUCCCAAAAUGCACUAAAAAUAAAUUAAAAUCAAUCAAUUCACCGAUGUAAC